UGAAGCUCUGAGCAAAAAAAAAACCCAGAAUAUCUUCCAAUUUUUAUAAGUAUUUAUAAUUAUUUUUUUUUUUAGUUUUAUUACUCUUCAUUUUAUUAUUUUUUUUCUUUUUGAGAAAACACAUGCCAACAACACAACCAACAACAGCAACACCUGGAGUUGCUUCUACGCAAAUAGACUAUAAAUAUUAUUAUAAAGAUCCACUAGAAAAAGAAUUACCUCCAACACCAAUUGAAAAUGAAUAUACUAAAAAUGGAGCAUCGGACGAGUCUGCUGGUAGCUUUGACGGUAGCAAUUCUCAUUAUUCGUCAGAGGACGAGAACGACCAUUUUCAUCCCGCUAGUGAAAAUCUCGAUAAUGAUACCUUAAUGCAUGGAUACGAUAAUAAUUUGCUUCAAGUGGAAAAUAACGGUCCAACAAUAUUACGUGAUUCGCCCGUACCUUCGGAACUACCAGUGUAUUCCCCACCAGACGAAGAUAUUCAACAUAAAGAAUCCGUAAGAAAAAAGCCUGAAAAAACCGCAUCUCGAGAAGUUCCUCGACAGCGUCAGCAAGCUUCAAAUUAUUCCCCUCCUGUCAUUACUACUUCAGAUCCGAAUGGCGAAACAAUUUCAAAUAACACAACUGUAUCAGAUACUAGUAGUCAUAUAAAAGUUAAACCAAAAAAGGUUUUGGGUAAUUAUACUUUGACAAAAACUUUAGGUGCUGGUAGUAUGGGAAAAGUAAAGUUAGCUGUUCAUUCACUAACUGGAGAAAAGUUGGCUGUAAAAAUAAUUCCACGUUCACAUCCAUCUGAUAAAGACUCUUCUUCAAAAGAUGAUAACAAAGAAACUCGCACUAUUCGCGAGGCAUCAAUAAUGCUUUUGUUACAUCAUCCUUAUAUAGUACAGCUUAGGGAGGUUAUGGUACUACCACACCAUUAUUAUAUGUUUUUUGAAUACGUAAAUGGUGGACAAAUGUUAGAUUACAUUAUCAGUCAUGGAAAAUUAAAAGAGAAGCAUGCAAGAAAAUUUGCUAGACAAAUAGCUAGCGCUUUAGAUUACUGUCACAGAAAUUCCAUUGUGCAUCGAGAUUUGAAAAUAGAAAAUAUCCUAAUAUCUAAAUCCGGCUCCAUUAAGAUAAUUGAUUUUGGUUUAUCGAAUUUAUAUUCACCACGAUCUCAUCUUUCCACGUUCUGCGGUUCACUAUAUUUCGCAGCCCCUGAAUUAUUAAAUGCAAAAUUAUAUACUGGGCCGGAGGUGGACGUAUGGAGUUUUGGAAUUGUUCUUUAUGUACUUGUAUGUGGAAAAGUCCCUUUCGAUGAUCAAAGUAUGCCUGCUUUACAUGCUAAAAUUAAGAGAGGUGUUGUCGAAUACCCUGGAUGGUUGAGUAGCGAUUGUAAACACCUCCUUUCACGUAUGCUUGUUACCAAUCCAAUGCAUCGAGCUACUCUUGCUGAGGUAAUGAGUCAUCCUUGGAUGAAUAAAAACUAUGAUGGUCCACCGGAAAAUUACCUACCACCACGUUCUCCACUUUCCCUUCCAUUAGAUCCUGAAGUGAUACAUGGCAUGACUGGUUUUGAGUUUGGUAUUGAGCAAGAAAUUAAAUUACGUCUUGAAAAUAUAAUUAAGAGCGACUCUUAUCAAAAUUCAAUAAAAGCUCAAUAUUAUCAUCAUCAACUUGGUGGUUCAUUAGAUCAUAGGAAAAAAAGUGGAAGUUUUGAAUAUUAUCGUAAAAAAUUAUCAGGCUCGAGUGGUUCAAUCCAUGAGGAUAAAGCUAUAACGGCUGAUCCUUCUCAAGCAGUUCAUCCAUUAAUAUCAAUUUAUUAUCUUGUCAAAGAGAAAAUGGAAAGAGAUCGUUUAAUACAACAAGGUGGAAUCCCCAAAUUUGGUUCUUCAUCAUCGCUUGUUGAAACGAAUAGUAUGCAUAUUCCUCAUGUUCCAGUACCUGAUCCUUCACAUCCAAGCGAUACUGGUUUUGAUGUUAACAUGCGCGGAUCAGUACCACCUGGAACAAAUGCAACCUCACCACCAGUUGUUAGACGUGCAACAGUUCCUUCUGGAACUAGACCUCGUGCAAGAACAAGUGGUGAAGGUGAUCUACUAAAUAUGGUUACAGUUCCACCAGUAGUGGACGAGGGAGAAAUUCCUGAGGAAACUACGGAUGAAAUUAGUGGGGAGUUGAAUUAUGGUAGGAAGAGCAGCGAACAAACAACAAAUAGUAAUACCAGUUCAAGCGGUGGACUAAUAAGACGCUUGAGUUUAGCAAUAGUGGGGCUACCACGAGAUUCAAUGUCACCUCCUAUCUCACCAAAUUCAAUCGGUUCUACUUCUCCAAAAGGUCAACCUGAGCAUUUACAUCGACGUCAUGGCUCAACUCCAAGUGGUCCUAAGAGAGAUAGUUCUGGUAGUCAUCUAUCUAGCAAGAUUUCCAAUAUGUUAGCUAGGGCAACUACUGUUUCUGAAGCGGAUUAUAAACGUCAUCGUCAAAGAAGUUCGGUUGGUAGCAAUAGAUUGGUUCAUAAUAACGCUGGAAACCCUCCAAAGUCUCCUGGUACUAAAGUUCCUGUAGGCGCUUUACCACAAUUAAAUGACCCAUCUUCACAACAAGAUAGAUCUAACUUUCCUCCAAGUUCUAAUGCUACAAAUCGAGUAAUUCAUCAACGUAGUUCUUCGAUUAAUCAAGUUCCCAACCAAAAUUCACAAAGCCCAAAUGACUUUAAUUUCCCACCUUCCUCUUCACCACAUUCACCUUUACCUGGUGGCACAGCAGACUCUUGGAUUAGACCAGUAUAUCUUAAAGGAUUGUUUAGUGUAGCAACAACUUCAACAAAACCUCCAUCAAGUAUACGUCAAGAUAUAAUAAGGGUACUUGAUCGCAUCGGGGUUAAAUGGCGAGAAGGCAGAGGAGGAUUUGAAUGUGUACAUAUACCAAGUAUUGAUCUAAAAUCUAUAGUUACUAAUCAAGGAGGAAAAAAUGAUCAAUAUUCAGGAGUUACAAAUCAUCAUCAUACUUAUUUUAAUCGACAUGAACGUAGAGGAAGUCAUUCCUCGGGAAAUUCAGCGGCGUCAUCGUCAUCUUCAACUUCAUAUAAGGAUAGUUAUGCACAAGGUCAGGACCUUCAUUUCUCUGCAGAUGGUGAAGUUCGACUUUCAUUAUCACCUCCAAAUGGGGGGUUUGGAAAUAGCCAGUCUGAUAGUCAUAGCAGCGGUAGUAUUCCCUCUUCAACUGCAACUGCCAACGUUACAGAUUUAGUUGUAAGAUUUGAGAUAUUUAUUGUUAAAGUCCCAUUAUUACUUGGAGUACAUGGAUUACAAUUUCGCAGAGUUGCUGGUGAUCCAUGGCAAUACAAAAACAUGUGCUCAAAGAUCUUGGGAGAACUAAAAUUGUAGCAUAACAAAAAUUCAAAAAAAAAAAAAGUUAAUAACAUUAUUUAGAUCAAUAACUUCUUAUAUUUAUUUUUAUUAUUUAUACCAAUUUUUCAAAAAAAAAAAUUUGGUCCAAUUGUAAAUGUGUAACAAAAAAUUUUCUAGUUGUAGAUAGGUGUUUUUUUUCAUUUUACAUAUAAUAAU